AUGCCCUCUAUGCCCACCGAUUGCAACGAUGAUGAGUUGCCAUGGAAUCGCACCGCAGAUAAUAUACUGGACACGAAGUACCCGUAUGUCUGUCACGCGGAGAUGAACGCCAUCUUAAAUAAGAACAGUUCAGACGUGAAGAAGUGCACCAUUUUUGUGGGUCUCUUCCCAUGCAAUGAAUGCGCGAAACUCAUCAUCCAAUCCGGGAUCACAAGAGUGGUCUACAUGUCUGACAAAUACCAAGACAAACCAGAGUUCAUAGCAUCCAGACGUUUGCUGACAAUGGCUGGGAUUAAGCUGGAACAGUUCACCACCAAUAACACCCAGAUAGUUAUUGACUUAACCAAACUUAACCAUUGA